CACGGUGAUUGGUAGAUAUGAAAUGCCAAAUUCCAAAUGCAGCUUGCUGACUUCGGCCGUACGGUUAUCGCGUUGUAAUGGAGAAAGUUACGUGCAGUGCGCAUGGAAGCGUGUGUAUGCUGAAAACCGGUGUAAAAGAUGGGCCAAAUAAAGGAAAGAGCUUUUACGUCUGUGUUGACAGUCAAGGCUGUGGUUUCAGUCAGCUCUCCGGUAUGGAACCAUCCCACUGUCUUCAACAUGAAGAUUCUCUGGUGGAACUCCAGGCGCUGUCCUACAGUCAGCAGCAAAAGAGAUACAGAGUCUUCUACCGAUGUGUUGCUGGUAAAAAGUCAGGCCAGAGGUGGUGUGGAAGCGUGCCCUGGACUACACCAGCUAAUGAGAAGACUCAACCUCUGUCUGAAAUACAGCUGCCACAGUCAUGUUUGCCGCCUGUUCGAAACCCAUUUAAGACUGUAUCCAAAGCCAACCAGCCAUGUGAACAGACAUCGAACCAAAGGGGUGAAAGAGAACAAACAGAAAAGUCUGAAAAAGACAACAUGGACACUAAAAUUGCAGAGAAGCAGGAGCCAGCAGAGUCGUACAAAGGUAAACCACUUCCCCCAGGAAUGAGAGUUAAGAAAAGGGUCUCAGAUGAGGAUAGUCAUCAUCCCAAGUCUCAACACAGAGAGAAAGAGGAUCAGAGUCAACAGCAAGCUGAAACAAUCCAUUCAGACCACAGUCCAGUGGAAGACUUUAUUCCUCCCGCCUCAUCCGAAACCGCUCAUCCAAGAAAGAGCGAUCAAACCUCCAGUGAUGACAGUAAAACCCUGGCCCAGAUGUCCGCAUCCAGCUCUGCUCGCUCCAGUGAUGCUUCAGGCAAACCUGUUGUUUCAGAACCGACUACAACCAAACCUGAUGAUGACAGUGAUGAUGUCAUUUUGGUGUCUGUGAAGCCUUCUACUCAGAAAACCCCUCCUGUGGCAGGCGUCCAAAAGCCCAUUACUGCCUUCCCUGGUUUUCAAAAGGCCUCCCAGCCCAAAGGGAUGACUGCACUCCUGCUGUCUCAGCUCCAGCAGAAAAAGGCUGUUCUGUCUUCGGUGAAUGUGGAAGCUCUGCCUGAUAAGGGUGAAAGACUGAAGACUCAAGUCAAGGAGCUGGAAACUGCGCUGGAGUCUUUGAGCCUCACUGCUGCUUCACAGUCUGAGGCUUCAGGCACCGCUACCAUAGAUGUUCCCCAGAAGAGCAGCUAUGUCAACCCAUUCAGUCGGCCUGGUGGCACCAUCAUGCUCCCUGCUGCCCCUGCUGUGUGCUACUCUCAGCAGCAGGCUUCAAGCAGCUCCGGGGGCUUGGAGCUGACUCAGGGAUACAGCCAGUCUUUUGGAGCAAAUCCCCAGGGUCAUACCUUCUAUGGUGGCAGGAUGACUGAUGAUCGUCUACUUGCAGUUAAAAAUGCGACCUGCGAGGCCAUUGACAAUCUUCAUAAAUCUCUGGAGACCAGUCCCGGUCCAGAGGCGGAGGUGUCAGACCCAAAAGGCAUCAAGGUGACACUUCUGCCUCAUCAGAGGAGAGCACUUGCUUGGUUACAGUGGAGAGAAACUCAGAGUCCCUGUGGUGGGAUUUUAGCGGACGACAUGGGUCUGGGGAAAACUCUGACUAUGAUCGCUUUGAUUCUCUCUGCGAAGAUCCGUACCAUGGAGAAGACGAAGGGAGAGACUGGGAAGAAGGCAGAUAUGUGGCUUUCUAAAAAAGAUUCCAGGCGUGUUGACUCCAAAGCAACUCUGAUCAUCUGCCCUGCCUCCCUGGUUCACCACUGGAAGAAUGAGAUCGAUAGACACGUGAAGGCGGGCAAGCUAAGUGUGUACCUGUACCACGGACCCAACCGUGAGAGAAGUGCCAAGUCGUUAGCGGAACAUGAUGUGGUGGUGACCACGUACAGUCUGGUCUCCAAAGAGGCCCCGGUCCAGAAGGAAGAAGCGGAGAAGCCCCCAAAAGAAACAGAUUCUGUGCCCUCAAACUCUGGUCCUCUUAUGCAAGUGGCCUGGGCUCGUGUGGUUCUUGAUGAAGCCCACAACAUCAAGAACCCUAAAGUGCAGACCUCCAUGGCCGUCUGCCAGCUCACGUCUGAUGCGCGCUGGGCAGUCACCGGCACACCUAUUCAGAACAACCUGCUGGACAUGUUCUCACUCUUAAAGUUUCUGAAAUGUUCCCCCUUUGAUGAGUACAAACUUUGGAAAGCUCAAGUUGACAACGGUUCCAAAAGAGGCCGAGAGAGACUCAACAUCCUGACAAGAACUUUGUUGCUGCGACGAACCAAAGAAGAGAACGAUUCCACAGGAAAACCUCUGGUGUCUCUUCCUGAUCGUACCUGCAAUGUUCAUCAACUCAAACUGUCUGAAGAUGAACAGCAAGUGUAUGACGUGCUGUUUGCCCAAUCCAGGUCUACGCUUCAGAACUACCUGAAAAGACAUGAAGAAAAGGACCUGAACAAGGGGGGUGCUUCGACUCCAAAUCCCUUCGACAAAGUUGCCCAGGAGUUUGGUAUGUCCCAAGCAGACCCAUCUCUCUCCUGUUCCCAACAACCCCAGCAAGCAUCCAGCACCGUACAUAUUCUCUCCCUCCUGCUGCGCCUGCGACAAAGCUGUUGCCACCUGUCUCUUCUCAAAAAGACCCUGGACUCUUCUGAGCUGCAGGGUGACGGGAUCGUCCUGUCUCUGGAGGAACAGCUAAAUGCUCUGUCUCUCUCCUCCAGUCCCUCCCAAACUGACAAUAGUCCUCAGGACUCAGUAAGCCUCAACGGGUCCCGUUUCCCUGCUCAAAUAUUUGAGAAGAACAGUCGGAGCACUAAGGUCUCUGCCAUUCUGUCAGAGCUGAAAGCAAUUCAAAGCCGAGGCACCAGCGAGAAGAGUGUGAUCGUGUCCCAGUGGACCAGCAUGCUUCAAAUCGUGGCAGUACAUCUGAUACAGAUGGAUCUGAAAUACGCAGUUAUCGACGGGACGGUCAACCCUAAGAAGCGCAUGGACUUGGUGGAAGAAUUUAACACCAACCCCAAGGGACCCCAGGUGAUGCUGGUUUCACUUUGUGCUGGAGGAGUCGGACUGAAUCUUGUUGGUGGAAACCACCUCUUCCUUAUAGACAUGCAUUGGAAUCCAGCGCUGGAGGACCAGGCAUGUGACAGAAUUUACCGAGUGGGUCAAAGAAGAGAUGUCACCGUCCACAGGUUUGUUUGUGAAGGUACCGUGGAGGAGAAGAUUUCCACUCUGCAGCAGAAGAAGAAGGAGUUGGCCCAAAAUGUACUGUCUGGAACUGGCAGCACAUUCACCAAACUCUCACUGGCUGACCUGAGAAUCAUCUUUGGUGUUUAAAUGGGACAAACAUAAUUCACGCUUGGCCAUGCCAAGAAAGCUCAUGGUGUUUGAGGAUGGAAGAAUUCCUCUCAGAUCACUCUUUUCUUUUCUCUUUUCUUUUAAUGUGUAUUUGCGUGGGGUCUGUUUUUUAACAUUUUUCAUGUCAAGCUGUUGAAGAAAGCACUUUCACAUGAUUUUUUUGCAUCAUGUGCUGAAAUCUUGUUUGUUUUCCAUUGUUUCUAUAUUUGGGUUUUUGCUUGUUUGUUUUUUUAAUCAUUUAAAAAUAAUUUUCUUUCUCUUAAAUAG